AGAGUACCAGUCACUUGCAAAACCAAAAGCCCACCAACGACCGGAACGAAGGGACGAUAACGAGUUACGAGACCACCACGCACGAUACGCUACAUACCUGACAUAACGACCCACGAACCUACGAACCGAAACGAGCAUUCCAAUACUCGCACACGAGACAUCACAACCUACUACACAACACAAUUGCAUCGAGAGAAGCAAAACAAAAACAAAAACAAUGGACUUCGCACCUUACCAAGCCGCACCUCCCGAGCAUGGGCGCACCAUCUCACCACCCGACUCCACCUCCUCCCCACGCACAUCAUGGGACUACGGCCGCCGCUCUUCCUACUCCCCCGGCAGCGGAAACAAGUACCAACAGCGACCGGCGCAGGUAUCGCCUCCGCCACUUCUACACCCGCAACCACAUCGUGCUUGGUCGGGUGAGGGCAUCAGCAGGUAUCAGAGUCCGGGUGCUACUCCUGGCACCGCCAAUGGGAUCGGUAGUGGCAUUGGGUUCAGCAAUGGGAGCGGCAGUGGUGGAGGAGGAGGAGGAGUAGGAGGAGGUAUGGGCGACUAUUUCAAUGCGCUGGGCGCUCGAGAGGGGAUGGUGUCUGAGUUUGAUACGAGCUUGGGGUUGAGGCUAGAUUAUGAAGCUUGUUUGGCGUAUUUGGCGGUGCCGCCGCUGGGAGCGAUUUUGCUGUUGAUUUUGGAGCGGAAGAGUGAUUUUGUUAGGUUCCACGCAUGGCAGUCCAGUCUGCUUUUUACGGCGGUGUUUGUGCUUCAUUUGUUGAUUUCUUGGUCGAGUUUCCUUAGCUGGGUGUUAUUUCUAGCGGAUUUAGCGUUGGUAGGAUGGCUGGUUGUUAAUGCUUAUAGGGACGCCGACACGUUAGACAGAUACGAAGUACCGAUUUUUGGGCCGAUAGCAAGCGGGAUCUUGGACGACGAGUAGGUUGUGGUGGUGGUGGUCAUUGAUGUUAAGGGAGAUCGGGAUACCUCCCGCAUCGUGGU